UCACAGUCGUGAAUAAUAAUUUAAAGAACUCAGACGUUUGAGAUAUUUCGUGAACUUAAGAUUUGCGAAAUUUUCUGCACGUAAUUAUGGAAUCUCUGAAUAGGUCAAAAGACUAUGAUAAUGUGAGCGAAGAUAUUUCGUUGCAAAGUUAUUUCCAAAUUGGGCGAAUGCAUGGGAUCAAGUAUUUAACGAGCCAUAAAACACAUGAAAAAAUAUUUUGGGGAUUGGCUAUAAUUACAUCGCUGAUAUUUAUGGUUUAUUUUCUAUUUAUAAAUCAAAAUCAAUCAACAAUCGUCGAAAUUAGUGAGAAGCUUCCUCUAUUCCAAAUUCCAUUUCCCGCAGUUACAAUUUGUCCCGAGACAAAAGCAAAAAAGUCAAUCGUCAACGUCACUGAUGCAUAUCAUAACAUAAUUUACAACCUCACUGAGUAUCAAUAUGAUCAAGAAUAUCUAUCGUAUAUUGAAGCACUCACGCAAGUUUGUGAUCCACAUUUGUUCUCGAGUGUGAACGUAAAAAAUGAUUCGCCCACACAAGGUAAAGAGUUUUUACAAAUUCUACGCGAAAUUGCCGUGCCAAAGAAUGAAAUGAUUUUGUUCUGUAAGUUUAGAAAUGAAAUUAUAGACUGCGCGGACAUGUUUACUGAGUCAAUUACGGAUGAUGGAAUAUGCUAUACAUUUAAUAUGAUGCAUUAUGAAGAUCUUUAUCGCAAAUUUAACCAUGAUCCAAAAGAUCAAGUUGAGUGGAAUUUAGAGAAAGGGUAUUGCUCAUCAGAUCUUGAUGUGUGUCCAAAACGAGCAUUACCUGGUGCCGAUUAUGGACUUAAUGUUGUUCUAAACAUGAAAACUUCAGAUUUAGACUUUAUGUGCAAAGGGCCUGUUCAAGGAUUUAAAAUUCAUGUCCAUCCAUCAGACGAACAUCCACAAAUGAUGAAUGGAUUCUUUCGAGUGGCUUUAAAUAGUGAUGUGGUUGUUGCAAUUCAACCAGAAAUGUCCACAGAUGAGAUCAAUGUUAAUAAAAAGUGCCACACAUCAGCAACAAAGUCACUAGAUUUCUUUAAUGGAUAUUCACAAAAGAACUGCCUUACUGAAUGUUUCUCUAAGUUUGUAUUCAAUAAAUGUGGCUGCAUAAAAUAUUCAAUGGUUCAUAAGAAUGAAACAAAAGUUUGCAGUCAACAGGAUACUCGAUGUGUCAUUCAAACCAUGAACACUUUCUUCAUCACAGAACGUUUCAAGUCAGAAUUUUUGUGUGACUGUAUGCCAUCGUGUAAGAACUUAAACUAUAAAGUCGACACAAGUUCUGCAGAUUUUGACUACAAAAGAGUAUUUAAGGCAUACAAUGCUCCUUUAGAUGAUGAAUUUCCUAAAUCUGUUAUGAGUCGAAUACAUUUAUUUUUCACUGAUGAUCACUUUAUCAACAAAAUAUUGAGGCACAAGGAAAAAGAAGACAUGACGAUGAGCGAAAAAAUUUCUCAAAUUGGCGGCCUUAUGGCGUUUUUCAUCGGCGCAUCGGUGCUGUCAAUCAUUGAAAUUUUAUAUUUUAUACUUAAAAAAGUUUUACGUAUUUAAUAAUUUAAUAAUUGUUGAUGUCAUGCGACAGACAAAAUUGAUAUGUAAAAGACCAAAUUUUCUAAAGGGGUCUUAACUUAUGACGUCCGUCAAAAACAUGGGUUUUGACCAAUUUAUAAGAAAAAAUUUCCUUUGUUUGAGCAGUCACAAAAUCGUAGACCCCCUCCUGCCUUAAAAUUUAAUUAAACAUUUUUAAAAGUAUGGACAAAAACUAUAGCUCGUAGCAUUCCAAGUUUUCACCGA